AUGGCGCAAACGCGCACUGAGUACUACUCCGGCAUUAUCGACUGCGCGAAAAAGAUUUGCCGGGAUGAAGGCGUUCGAGGUUUGUACAGAGGAAUCAGCGUGUCCCUGUGCAGCACAACGCCCUCAAUUGCCAUCAACUUCACAACAUUUGAUGAGUUCAAACGUCUUUUUGUCAAGCUUGGGUUGGAGCCUGGCUGCUUUAGCCUGACGUUCUGCGCUGGCGCUUGUGCAGGCAGCUUUGCGUCAAUUGCGAUGUUUCCCAUGGACCUGGUGCGGCGGCAAAUGCAAAUGGUUGGCGUUGGCGGCCGGCCUUUGGUCUACACCAACGUGUGGCAGGCAAUCCGCCACAUUUUCCUCACCGGUGUAUUGCGGAACCAAGGCUCACCAAUACGAUGGCUAUUCGGUUUUCGCGAGUUCUUCCGGGGCUUGGCACCAGAGUUAAUGAAAGUUGCGCCGCACAACGCGAUAAUGUUCUCGACCCAAAACCAUCUCAUCAGCAGGAAAUGGUUCGGAGAGGAGCUUCUCUACCCAGACUGA